CGAACCACGAGCAGGAGCCGCCAUCGCCCGGCGUGAGGAGAGCCAGAGCCGCCGGCGCCGAGACCCCGCUGCUCGCCCCUGAGGAGAAUGUCCCAGAAAUCUUGGAUAGGAAAUACUUUCACCAAACGGGAAUGUGUCUACAUUAUACCAAGUUCAAAGGAUCCUCACAGAUGCCUUCCAGGAUGUCAGAUUUGUCAGCAACUUGUCAGGUGCUGCUGUGGUCGUUUGGUCCGGCAACAUGCUUGCUUUACUGCCAGUCUCGCCAUGAAAUAUUCAGAUGUGAAACUGGGUGAAAAUUUUAAUCAGGAGAUAGAAGAAUGGUCUGUAGAAAAACAUACCGAGCAGAGUUCAACAGAUGCUUAUGGUGUCAUUAACUUUCAAGGAGGCUCUCAUUCCUAUCGAGCUAAGUAUGUACGGCUGUCAUAUGACACCAAACCUGAAGCCAUCCUACAGCUUAUGCUUCAAGAAUGGCAGAUGGAACUGCCCAAGCUUGUUGUUUCUGUUCAUGGAGGGAUGCAGAAAUUUGAGCUUCAUCCACGCAUCAAACAGUUGCUUGGUAAAGGCCUUAUAAAAGCUGCAGUGACAACAGGAGCCUGGAUUAUAACUGGAGGAGUGGAUACAGGAGUUGCAAAGCAUGUUGGUGAUGCCCUCAAGGAACAUGCCUCUCAAUCAUCUCGAAAGAUUUGCACUAUUGGAAUAGCUCCAUGGGGAGUGAUUGAAAACAGAAAUGACCUCGUUGGGAGAGAUGUUGUUGCUCCAUAUCAAACCCUGCUGAAUCCUUUGAGCAAACUAAAUGUCUUGAAUAAUCUUCAUUCCCAUUUCAUAUUGGUGGAUGACGGCACAGUUGGAAAAUAUGGAGCAGAAGUAAAGCUACGAAGAGAACUGGAAAAAACUAUCAACCUGCAGAGGAUCCAUGCACGAAUUGGCCAGGGUGUCCCUGUGGUGGCACUCAUAUUUGAAGGUGGCCCCAAUGUUAUCCUCACAGUUCUGGAAUACCUUCAGGAAAAUCCACCUGUGCCAGUGGUGGUCUGUGAGGGGACUGGCAGAGCUGCAGACAUCCUGGCUUAUGUUUAUAAGCAAACGGAAGAGGGAGGAAAUAUUCCUGACGGAGCAGAACCUGAAGUCAUUUCAACCAUCAAAAAGACAUUUAAUUUUGGUCAGAGCGAGGCAGUUCAUUUGUUCCAGACAUUGCUGGAGUGCAUGAAAAAAAGAGAACUUAUCACUGUGUUCCAUAUUGGGUCUGAUGAGCAUCAAGAUAUUGAUGUUGCAAUCCUUACAGCACUGCUAAAAGGCACAAAUGCUUCUGCAUUUGACCAGCUUGUCCUUACACUUGCAUGGGAUAGAGUUGACAUUGCCAAAAAUCAUGUUUUUGUUUAUGGACAACAGUGGCUGGUUGGAUCUUUGGAGCAGGCUAUGUUAGAUGCUCUUGUGAUGGAUAGAGUUGCCUUUGUGAAACUUCUUAUUGAAAAUGGAGUGAGCAUGCACAAAUUUCUGACAAUUCCCAGACUGGAAGAACUUUACAACACUAAACAAGGCCCAACAAAUCCAGCACUGUGUCACCUUGUUCGAGAUGUCAAACAGGGAAACCUUCCUCCAGGGUAUAAACUGACUUUGAUUGAUAUGGGGCUUGUUGUCGAAUAUUUGAUGGGAGGAACCUACAGAUGCACCUACACACGAAAACGCUUCAGAGUGAUAUACAACAGUCUCAGCGGCAGCAAUCGGCGGUCUGGACGAAAUGCUUCAGGCAGCACUCCUCAGCUGCGUAAAAGCCAUGAACCUUUUGGUAACAGGGUGGAUAAGAAAGAAAAAAUGCGGCAUAAUCAUUUCAUCAAAACUGCACAGCCUUACAAACCAAAGGCCGAUACCAUGACAGAAGAAGGAAAAAAGAAAAAACCCAAAGAUGACAUAGUAGAUAUUGAUGAUCCAGAAACAAGACGAUUUCCUUACCCUCUUAAUGAGUUGCUACUGUGGGCAGUGCUAAUGAAGAGGCAAAAAAUGGCUCUGUUUUUCUGGCAACAUGGUGAAGAGUCGAUGGCAAAAGCCUUAGUGGCCUGCAAGCUGUAUCGUUCCAUGGCCUACGAAUCAAAACAAAGUGACCUUGUUGAUGAUACCUCGGAAGAGUUGAAACAGUAUUCGAAUGAGUUUGGGCAGCUGGCAGUUGAGCUACUGGAACAGUCAUUCCGACAGGAUGAAACAAUGGCUAUGAAAUUGUUAACGUACGAGCUGAAAAACUGGAGUAAUGCCACCUGCCUAAAACUAGCAGUGUCUUCACGGCUUCGCCCUUUUGUAGCUCAUACUUGUACACAAAUGUUGUUGUCUGAUAUGUGGAUGGGAAGGUUGAACAUGAGGAAGAAUUCGUGGUACAAGGUAAUACUGAGCAUCUUGCUUCCCCCUACAAUACUAAUGCUAGAAUACAAAACCAAGGCAGAAAUGUCCCAUAUACCACAGUCUCAAGAUGCACAUCAAAUGACUAUGGAAGACAGUGAAAACAACUUUCAAAACAUAGCGGAAGAAAUACCAAUGGAAGUGUUUAAAGAAGUAAAGGUCUUGGACAGUACUGAAGGAAAGCAUGACAUGGAGACAGUGAUAAAACCCAAGAGGCUUCCCAUUACACGAAAGUUUUAUGCCUUCUAUCAUGCACCAAUAGUGAAAUUCUGGUUUAACACGUUGGCCUACUUAGGAUUUCUGAUGCUUUAUACAUUUGUGGUUCUUGUGAAAAUGGAAGAGCUGCCUUCAAUUCAAGAAUGGAUUGUCAUUGCAUACAUUUUCACAUUGGCUGUUGAGAAAAUUCGUGAGAUCUUUAUGUCAGAGGCUGGCAAGAUUAGUCAGAAAGUUAAAGUGUGGUUCAGCGAUUACUUCAACGUCAGUGAUACAAUAGCCAUCAUCACUUUCUUCAUUGGUUUUGCACUAAGAUUUGGAGCACAGGGGAGCUUCAGUGAAGAUACUUACAAGUUAAAUUAUAUUUUCGUUGCUGGAAGGCUAAUUUACUGCCUGAAUAUAAUCUUUUGGUAUGUGAGAUUACUGGAUUUUUUGGCUGUAAACCAACAUGCUGGACCUUAUGUCAUGAUGAUUGGUAAAAUGGUGGCCAACAUGUUUUACAUUGUAGUGAUCAUGGCGCUUGUUCUGCUUAGUUUUGGAGUUCCCAGGAAGGCAAUACUUUAUCCUCAUGAAGAACCGUCUUGGCUUUUAGCAAGAGAUAUUGUUUUUCAGCCCUACUGGAUGAUUUUUGGUGAAGUUUACGCAUAUGAAAUUGAUGCAUGUGCAAAUGAUUCUCAGGUGAAAUCUCUCUGUGUGAUGGGAGCGUGGCUGACACCAUUUCUUCAAUCCGUCUACCUUUUCGUACAGUACAUUAUUAUGGUCAAUCUUCUCAUCGCCUUUUUCAACAAUGUAUAUUUGCAAGUGAAAGCAAUUUCCAACAUUGUAUGGAAAUACCAGCGUUAUCAUUUCGUUAUGGCAUAUCACGAGAAGCCUAUCCUGCCACCUCCUCUUAUCAUUCUCAGUCAUAUGGCUUCCCUGUUCUGCUGUGUAUGCAAGCAAAGAAAGAAAGACAAAACUUCUGAUGGGCCAAAACUGUUUCUAACAGAAGAAGAUCAAAAGAAACUUCAUGAUUUUGAAGAGUUAUGUGUUGAGAUGUACUUCAAUGAAAAAGAUGACAAAUUCCAUUCUGGAAGUGAAGAAAGAAUUAGAGUAACCUCUGAACGCGUUGAGCAGAUGUGCAUCCAAAUCAAGGAAGUUGGUGACAGAGUCAACUAUAUCAAGCGUUCAUUGCACUCUCUGGAUACACAGAUUGGCCACUUACAGGACCUCUCUGCUCUUACGGUGGAUACUUUGAAAACCUUAACUGCUCAGAAGGCUUCAGAAGCUAGCAAGGUUCAUAAUGAAAUUACACGGGAACUGAGUAUUUCAAAGCAUUUGGCACAGAACCUCAUUGAUGAUGGUCCUUUAAGAUCUUCCAUGUGGAGAAAGCACAGUAUUGGCAAUGUAUUUGGUUCUUCUUUUCCCCAUGGAGGCCUUGAAAGUAAUAAUGCUGUACUGUGCAACAUUUCUAUGCAAGAUGAAAGAGAUUCUGGACAUAAGAUGACUGGGUUCCCCAAGAGGGAUGAAUUCAACUUUCCAGAGGCAGGUUCCUCAGGCAGUGCCUUAAUUCCAAGAGCUCUUUCUCCCCCAGAACUUCGUCAAAGAGUACAGGGUACAGACAUAUCAAAAUGCAGUCAUAAAAAUAAAAAGCCAGGCACUUCGUUAAACAGCAUGCCACAUAUAACAUCUCCAACAGCUAAAUUUUUUGUUAGCACUCCUUCUCAGCCCAGUUGUAAAAGCCAGUUAGAAAGUACCACAAAGGAUAACCAAGUUGUAGUCCUUCAGGCUGCUGAUGGAGAGAAUGCUGUUGAAUUCGGUGCAUUUGUGGGUAAGUAUAACGAACUAAAAUCUGUACUUCUGAAAGUUGCUGUUGGUUGCCAUGAUUCUCCUUCUUCUGGCUCUGUUUCUCUUGCUGCCACCCCCCAACCUUGCGAUGAAGCUGGAGGAUACUUCAAUAAUGGAUUCAUUCAUGAUGAAAGUUAUACUAGUGCUGAGAACUACACAAACAAGUGGAAUCCCCAGUCGUCUUCCAUGUUGGUGCAGAAGAAUGCAAAAAAUAAAUUACAAUGGCCAUCUGCUAAUAAGGCCAGAAGUGACACAAGUCAUGAUACGAACAGGACACUGAGUAUUGAAGAACUCAUUAGAAGCAUUCCGGAAAGAGCACAGAAGGACCACAGUUUAAGUUCCAAUGCCAUUUUACAUCUCCAGAAACUAUGGAUCAAAUCUAAAUCUCAAGGUCACAGAGACAGCAUGGAAUUGCAACGAUUUAAAGACGCUGUGGUUAAGAGUAAAGAAAAAAGUGAUACUAUUGAGGAGCAACAGGAAGACUUCAAAAAAGCAAUUUUGGAAGGCUUAGAGGCAACAAAGCUUCAGGGUGGCAGUAAUACAGAAGGCAACCUGAGGCAUGUUAGUUCAUGUGGUGGCUUUACUGACUAUCAUAGAAGCUCGUUAGCAGCACGAUCAGAACAAAUGCACAAUAAGAGCAGAAGACCAUCAGUUGAAGAGUUUCAUCAGGUAGAUUCCAAGGCAGCCUUACUUACAGAUUGGUUACAAGGCUGGCCUUCAUAUAGCAAUCAAAUGUCUUCUGAGGAAGAUGCAUUGAAUGGUAUUGCUUCUCCUUUUAAGCCCAUCAUGGAUACAACCUACUACUACUCAGCUGUCGAAAGAAAUAAUUUGAUGAGGUUAUCACAGAGCAUACCCUUCACUCCUGUGCCUCCAAGAGGUGAACCAGUCACUGUGUAUCGUCUUGAAGAAAGCUCUCCCAACAUGUUGAAUAACAGCAUGUCUUCCUGGUCGCAGUUGGGUCUCUGUGCCAAAAUUGAAUUCCUAAGCAAGGAGGAGAUGGGAGGAGGCUUGCGACGAGCUCUCAAGGUGGCCUGCACCUGGUCAGAGUAUGAUAUCCUGAAAUCAGGCCACCUUUAUAUCAUCAAAUCUUUUCUCCCUGAAGUUGUCAAUACUUGGUCAAGCAUUUACAAAGAAGACACAGUAUUACAUCUCUGUUUAAGAGAAAUUCAGCAGCAGAGGGCUGCACAGAAACUCACAUUUGCAUUCAAUCAAAUGAAGCCGAAAUCUAUUCCAUAUUCUCCAAGGUUCUUGGAAGUAUUCCUCUUAUAUUGUCACUCAGCUGGGCAGUGGUUUGCAGUUGAGGAGUGCAUGACGGGAGAAUUUAGGAAGUACAACAAUAACAAUGGAGAUGAGAUAAUUCCAACCAACAUGCUAGAGGAAGUCAUGUUAGCUUUCAGCCACUGGACCUAUGAAUAUACGCGAGGAGAGUUGUUGGUUCUUGAUCUGCAAGGUGUUGGAGAAAAUUUGACAGAUCCCUCUGUGAUAAAAGCUGAAGAAAAAAGGUCAAGCGAUAUGGUAUUUGGUCCUGCAAAUCUGGGAGAAGAUGCCAUCAAAAAUUUCAGAGCUAAGCACCACUGCAACUCAUGCUGCAGGAAACUUAAGCUUCCAGAUCUGAAGAGAAAUGACUACACACCUGAUAAAAUCCUACUGCCUCAAGAUGAUUCUCCAGAACUGACCAUUCAGCCUGGGAGCUGCACCAAAGAAUUGGACUCAGCCCAUUCCAGCCACCUGAUGCUGUAAUGAUAUGCGCCACUCUCUGGCUUUUAACCAAACAUUUGCAGAAGUUGCAGGGUUUGCUUGCCCUUCAUCAAAACAAAGGCCGCAUGAAUAAGGACCAAACUGUUUUGAUGGCUCUGGUACAGGAAAGUGGCCCACAAUAGUGUGGCCUAGCAAAAUGAGGGAAUUGCCUGUGGAGGAGUAGCUGGCAGCUGGUGGGUUUAAAAAAAGUUGAAUGAAAUUAAGUAUUUAUGAAAUAGCUUUUUAAAGAGGCAUUUUAGCAGAAGGAUAACUUUACAUUUUACCUUGGUCCGUGGAGGGGGACUUUCCUCCCAUUCAUCCUGUAGUGCAAUAUGCCCUUGACCAAAUGAUGUUUUUGUGUUUGAUGGUUUUAAGGCAGAUUGUUUGGGGGCUUUUUGGCAGCUGGUUUCUGUCAUCUGGCUGGAGAAAUGAGAGACAGCCCAUCAGACCCCAUGUCAUCCCACCCCACCCCUUCUCAUAGAUGUCGAAGGAUCCGUUUGACACUUCUCAGGGUGUCUUAAAUAAUGUUCUUUCUGCUCAGUCCCAUGUGUGUUUUAUGUGGCUCAAUGGAACAAGGCUGCUCCUAAGGAUCUGUCCAUAUUUAGUUGUGCCAGUAAGCUGAGCUGCAGGGGGCAGGGACUCCUGGUUCCAACCAAGAAGUGAUGGCUUCUCUCCUGCAUCAGGAUUCAUCCUCAAGUUUGGAGCCAGUUUUUGUGGGAUAGAUUGUGCGUAAUGAAAUCCCCCCCCCUUUUUUUAAAUGAUACAUUUCAGUUAUCCAAUCACUGUCAGAUAGUAGUAAAGCCACAAGAAAAGAUGGGGUCUAAUCACAUUUGUAUAACAGAACAAAAUAGCUGGUCUUGGCUAAGAAGCUGAGUUGUAAAAGGAACAUGUGUUAGCGAAGUGGUAUUUCUUGUUACAUAAUGGCUGCUUCAGAAGUGUUGCCUUCCAAAGAUCUCCUAAAACCAGUAUAUGAAAGCUGAAUGUACACGUGAACCUUUUGGGGUCCUUUCUGAUGUUACCACUGCAGUGUUGGAGCUGCCGCAGCCUGGCACCUUCUCAUGCCAUUUGGGUAACGUUAGAAGCCCUGGGCCACCUGGGGAGAGGCCUUGUUGGGGCUCCUUGCCAUGCCGGUGUUGCUGCGCUUUCCGGAGGGAGCACUGCGAGCAUUGGAAGGAGCUGCAAACUGGACUCUUCCGAUGGGUCCAGCACCUUCUGACGUUGGCCUUUGUGGUGGUGGAAGGAACCGCGCUGCUGUGACUUCUGCACCACCAAAGUAACGUCAGGAACAGUCCCUUAGUUGUAUUUAAUAUUGUGUGAAAACACCUUUUAAUGUUAUAUUAUAUAUGGUACUUAUUUAAAAGAAAAGAAAUAGGGUUGAAUUUACAUUAUGUAAUGUACGGGAGAUUGCAAUGCAACUUUAUGCCAAUAAAAUGUCAUUUACCUGUCCCAGAUUUGUUGAAUAUUCAACGAGAAGAACCUGUUGUCCAACUGAAGUUUCAUGCUGCAACUUUUUUUGUUUUACAUAGGUACUAAUUGCAAAUUUUAAUUGAAAGGCAUCAUAAUGCCCAGUAAUUCUUCUUUUUUUUAAUUCUGUAGUGUAUCUUAUAGAUACAGACAUUAAGGCACGAACACAAUAGCUGUUUAAAUGGUGGUCUGUGUUGCUGGGGAAGGAAAAGUAUAGUGUAUUAAAGAUAUAAAUCUGUAUACAUUUUGUAUAUCAAUAAAUCUUUAAACAAUCCCAAAUAAAUUUAUUCUUGUUUA